AUGACCGACCUGCAGCAAGACACCUCGCUCGAGUUCAUCGCGUCGAAUAUCGACAUCCUCGGGACGCUUCUGCCAGAGCAGCUGCUUAAACCUCAGGUCGGCAUCGUGUGCGGGUCGGGUCUGAGCACGCUCGCCGCGAGUUUCAGGGAACGUGUUGAGGUACCGUAUUCAUCGCUGAAAGGAUUUGGGACUAGCACCGUUCCUGGUCAUAAGAGCGCGCUGGCGUUCGGACUCUUGGGUCCUGCUGAUGGCGUACCCGUAGUUGCAAUGUUGGGACGGUUCCAUGCCUAUGAGGGCCAUUCGCUGUCUACGGUUGUCUACCCCGUCAGAGUGAUGGCCCGACUAGGCGUCAAGAACCUAAUCAUCACGAACGCAGCCGGAUCCCUCGACCCUGGACUCCCCGUGGGGACAAUCGUUUCCAUCCGCGACCACCUCGCACUCCCCAACUUAACAGGGUUCAACCCCCUUCUGGGGCCCGCCAAGCCCCAAUAUCCGCGCUUCCUCCCACUCUCCACCGCGUACUCGCACUCCCUCCGGCGCGCGCUCUUCCACGCCGCUCACCAGCUCGCGCUGCCCGCGUCAGCCGUCGGCGAGGGCACAUACGCGUGGGUGUCGGGACCUACCUACGAGAGCCCCGCGGAGGGCCGCUUCCUGCGCGCGGCAGGCGCGAGCGUGGUGGGGAUGAGCACCGUGCCGGAGGUGCUCGCCGCGCGGGAGGAGGGCGUGGAAGUUUGUGUGCUGAGUUUGGUGACCAAUUUCGUGGUCAUUCCGGAUAGAUAUAGGAGCGUUAGGGAGGAGGUUGACGCGGAGCUCGCUGGGACGCCGCUCCCGCCAUCUCCUCAGGUCGAGGUCUCGCACGAAGAGGUUUUGGCAAUUGGCAAAGAGAAGAGUGAAGUGAUGCGUGCGCUAGUGGAGAAGACGAUAGAGCUCAUUGGGAAGGGCGUUUAAGUUACUGGGGAAACAUAGACGGAUGAAAUAGAUUGCACUACAGAUGGAGUAAUGCAUGCGAUUCAGCAGAAAUACGGAAGCAUGUAGACUUGUGAACGGCGUCUCCUCAAUUCGACCGAGUAGGCGAGCAACGGGUCUUCAUACUAUCAUUGGACCAGUAGUGAAUAAUUUGAACUGCUCACUGGUUAAGUCAUCUU